AAUGGCUCAGCGGCUCGCGUCGGGAACUCUGGUGCCGCCUCUCGCUGCCCUGUGGCGAGGGGGCUGCUGGGCGCGCACCCCGGCGGGGCGCAGGGACCUACCACCGAUCCGGCAGCGGCUCGAGGGGAUCCGCACCCCGCGGCAGGACUGCGCAGGGCGCAUCGCAUCGGCUCGGCAGUGGCUCUGCCCAGAGCCACCCAAAGGCUUUGAGAAGUAUUUUAAGAAGAAUGGCAGAAGUUCUGGCCCAGCAGAGGAUGUUCACCAGACUAAAGGCCUCCCUGAUCCAAAAGGUCUUGGUCAUGGGGGAGAUGGCGGAGGAGGUGGUGGCAAGAGAGGAGGGAAGAAGGAGGAUUCUGGGUGGUGGAAACGCAUGUGGAAGGGAGAGUUCCCCUGGGAUGACAAGAAUUUCGUCUACCUGGCUGUCAUGGGGGCAGGCGCUGCCGUGGGAUUCCUCUAUUUUUUUUGGCGAGAUCCUGGCAGAGAAAUCAACUGGAAGCAUUUUGUCCAUUACUACUUGGCUAGAGGAUUGGUGGACCGUCUGGAAGUGGUGAACAAACAGUUUGUGCGUGUGGUCCUCGUGCCGGGUGUGAGCUCGGAGCAGAGGUACGUCUGGUUUAACAUCGGCAGUGUGGACACGUUUGAACGGAACCUGGAGACUGCCCAGCUGGAGCUGGGAAUGGAGGGCGCCCAGCAGGUGGCAGUGAUUUACGCCAGGGAGAGUGACGGCACAUUCCUCAUGAGCAUGGUGCCCACUCUGCUGCUGGUUGGCUUCCUUCUGGUCACUCUGAGACGCGGGCCAAUGGGAGCCGGGCGUGGAGGACGAGGAGGCGGGCUCUUCAGCAUCGGCGAGACAACGGCCAAGAUCCUGAAAGACAACAUUGACGUGCAGUUCCGAGACGUGGCCGGCUGUGAGGAAGCCAAGCUGGAGAUCAUGGAGUUCGUGAACUUCCUGAAGAACCCCAAACAAUACCAAGACUUGGGCGCCAAGAUCCCAAAGGGCGCUGUGCUCACGGGCCCGCCGGGCACUGGGAAAACCCUCCUGGCCAAAGCAACGGCGGGAGAAGCCAAUGUUCCCUUCAUCACGGUGAACGGCUCAGAGUUCCUGGAGAUGUUUGUGGGUGUUGGGCCUGCCCGAGUUCGGGACAUGUUUGCCUUGGCCCGCAAACAUGCCCCCUGCAUCCUGUUCAUCGAUGAGAUCGACGCCGUUGGUCGGAAGCGGGGCCGGGGGAACUUUGGGGGGCAGAGCGAGCAGGAGAACACCCUGAACCAGCUGCUGGUCGAAAUGGAUGGGUUCAACUCCAGCACCAAUGUGGUGGUGCUCGCAGGAACAAAUCGCCCAGACAUUCUGGACCCUGCGCUGAUGAGACCAGGGCGCUUUGACCGUCAGAUUUACAUCGGUCCGCCUGAUAUCAAAGGCAGAGCAUCCAUCUUUAAAGUCCACCUCCGGCCCCUGAAACUGGAUGAAAGCAUCAGCAGAGACUCCCUGGCCAGGAGAUUGGCUGCAUGGACUCCAGGAUUCACUGGUGCGGACAUCUCCAAUGUCUGCAACGAGGCUGCCUUGAUUGCCGCUCGCCACUUGAAGCCCUCUGUCGCCGAGAAGCACUUUGAGCAGGCCAUCGAGAGAGUCCUUGGGGGUCUUGAGAAGAAGACCCAGGUUCUGCAGCCGAACGAGAGGACCACAGUGGCCUAUCACGAAGCUGGGCAUGCGGUGGUGGGAUGGUUCCUGGAGCAUGCUGAUCCCCUGCUGAAGGUAUCGAUCAUCCCCAGGGGCAAGGGGCUUGGUUACGCGCAGUACCUGCCCAAGGAGCAGUACCUGUACACCAAGGAGCAGCUGUUCGAUCGCAUGUGCAUGAUGCUGGGUGGCAGGGUGGCUGAGCAGCUGUUCUUUGGGCGCAUCACCACGGGUGCUCAGGACGACUUGAAGAAGGUGACGCAGAGCGCCUACACCCAGAUCGUCCAGUUUGGGAUGAGUGACAAGCUGGGCCAGGUCUCCUUCGACUUCCUGCAGCAGGGUGAGCUGCUCACAGAGAAACCAUACAGCGAGGCGACAGCCCAGCUGAUAGACGAGGAGGUCCGAAGCCUCAUCAACUCUGCAUAUGAAAGAACCCGGGAGCUACUGACACGGUGUCACGACCAGGUGGAGAAGGUAGGAAAGCGUCUCUUGGAGAAAGAAGUGCUGGAGAAAGCGGACAUGGUUGAAUUGCUGGGCCCCAGGCCCUUUGCAGAGAAAUCCACCUAUGAGGCAUUCGUAGAGGGCACCACCUCCCUCCCGGAGGGCCUUAAGGACUGGAACUGUGAGAGAGAUGAGAGCCAGGAGGGGAGAGUGCAGAAGAGCACCUCCUAGCAGUGGGAGCCAGCUGGGGAGGACGGUGCCCGAACUGCUGCCAGCCCUUGCUGCUGGAUGGACACCAGCUUCCAGGGACCCUUUCUAUGGGCGUCUCCCAGUGGUAAUGACGACACCAGACAGAGCCGUCCAGGAGGCCGGAGCAGGAGCGAGGCUAAGUCUGUAGAUAGGAAGAGCAGGCCAGGCCCUGCUCUGCUGUGGGAGGGCUAGUGCACUGGCUUUCCCUCUGAAAGCUGCAGGUCCCGCUCGCUCCUCUCCCCGGGGCCGGCCUAGGCCUGGCUGGCUGACACAAGGGCUCUGGCCACUCCCGGUCACAAGUGCCCGUUCCCACUGGCGGGCACAGCAGCUGCUUUACUGGUGCUCAUGGCCCAGUCUCCAUGGGCCUGGUCAGUCUGUGCUCCUGCCAGCAUCCACCUCUUGCCAGCAGCUGUCCCAAAGCCAGGAGGGUGCUGGAGGGGCUCCCUAGCCAUGGGGCAGAGGCUGGGAGCCCAGUCAAGCAGCAGGGUGAGCUGUCCAGGUGCCAGCUCUCAUCUGACCAGCGCCUCUGUCCAGGAUGCGGUUACUCUAGUGCUACCACAGCAUCCUCCCCAGCUGGAGCGCCCAGCCCUGCACGAAGGGGGCCAAGGGUCCCGGGCCAUGUGAAAAGAGCCAAUGCCAAAGCUUUUCCCGCCCUCUCCAGGCGGAGGGGAGGGUGCGCAGCCGGGGGAAGAUCCUCCCCUGAGAGUUCCUGUCCUCAGUGCCUUCCACCAGCCUUUGCAGGUUUGCAGCUUUUCUCCAGCGAAGUCCUGCUUUGCCCUCGGGUCCCUGUGCACGGGCAGUAUCUAGGAGACGAGCCCGAACAAGUCCAAAGAGCCCUUCAGAGCAGCGGCCACAUGCGCCUGGUAGAACACGCCAGCCUGUGGACAGUCCCUGCAGUGCUACGCUGGGAAAGGCCCCCCCUUCGCCCGAGGCAACCGGCUCCGCAGCGGAAAUGGGCUAACAAAAUGGUGCUAAUGAAUUGCUGCUACUGUGGGCUCUGCCCCCUGGCCUGGCCUGGCCUGCCCGCCCUGUUGGACAUUGGCAGGAAUAACUCUGGCCCUGUAGGACUCGGGGAGUCAUGGGACAGUGUGGGGCGCUGGUAGCCGGAAGCUCCCGCAGCUCUGAGCCGUUCUGGGGGGUUGUGACUGGCAGUGCAAGUUCCUGGGGGCCUGGCAGUGGGUCUGUUGGCCUGGGGUGGCUUUAUGGCACCUAUAGCCAUCUAUCAAAGCAGCGUAGCUGUUGGCCCAGACAACUCUGAGUUAGCUUCCAGCUCUGAGUUAGCUCCUCUUUAGGUGGGGCAUUCCUAGCUCAGACCAAUGUGGGGGCGGGAAGGGAGGCCUCACUUCUAUUCCUUCCAUGCAUCGAGCUUGUACCCUGCCGUUUCCUCAUGCCCAGGGCGUGGGGUUCGCUGGCCUGUGCCUACCUUGCACGUACCCUCCUUCCAUGCAGGGGAUGAGCCACAGCCUGGCUGCACCACUGCUCUGGCAUGGCGGAGCUUUGCGUUUGGGUCCUGUGCAGCAUCCUUGCAAAGGGCAUUUCUCUGCCACGGGAGC